AUGGCGAUCUGCGCCCACCUUCUCAUAGCAGCCACAGUGCUGCUUGACUGCACGUCGGUCCUCGCCCUGGUCGCCUCAUCCGACCACCAGUCGUUUGACCACAUCCCGCGAUGGGACUUCUGGACUCCAUUUGUCGACCGUGUCCACUUCACUGGCCAAUACCUCUCCUCGCAGCCAGGUGGCCUCCGUCAGAAACGUCAGAGUUUUGAGCCGGUCGACCUCUUCGAGCUGCGGGAUGGCGAGUCGUCGACUAAUAAACUGCUGUAUGGCAGCGUGCUGCUGGAUCCGAUUUUCAUACCGGAUCCGAGGACGAACAAGGCAGUUCUGGCGGCUUUCGAAGCGGCUGUGACGUCAAUCAAGACCCACGCAAACGUCCACGUCUCGCCGGAGAUCAACGUUGCACAGGCCACUGUGUUCCCACUCAAGGUCACAGGAGAUAACGGCUAUUCCGAGAUGCUGAUUUUGCAAGACACAGUGGAUGCCAGGGGCCAAAGGUACCGCUUUUCGAGCCAAGUGACAUUCGGGUUCAACUUCCACCUCACGCUAGAAGACGCCAAGUUUAAUCUAAAGCACCGCGUCGUAGUGGCACUAGAUCGCGAAGCAGAGCACAAUGUGUUCAUGCACACAUAUGCACCGCUGAAGCAAUUGCCCGAUGUUGAAACAGCUGGCGAUGCAAAGUGCGACGUCCAUCGCGGAGACGAGUGCUCACGUGUAGCGCCAGGACCGCGAAUCCUGUCGUACAACGUGUGGAACACAAAUCCGUCUUCGGACGUGUACGGUUUCGGACGCCGAUGGGAUCAGUAUACGAAGCGGCUGGACCAUCUCGUCGGCUUCAUCAAGGAGGCAAAGGCUGGCAUCAUUGGGCUCCAGGAAGUGCGCUACGACGGCGUCUUCGGGGGCCCUGGAAAUCACGCUCAGGUGAAGCAUCUCGCCGACCGGUUGCCAGGGUAUCAGUACGUCUACCAGGCAGCGAUGAGCUAUUUGAACUCGAGGAUGCCUCACGAACGCAUUGAAGAGGGGCCGGCCAUACUGUCGAAGUACCCAAUCGUUGCGACUGACUACUUAUUGCUCAGUCGCGACCCGAACGACCCAAAUGACUCGCACCAGCGGUUGUGCCUUCACGCGGUAAUUGAUUAUCCGCGUUGGGGCAUCAUUGACGUCUACGUGACCCACUUGUCGCUGAGCGAGCGAUUGAGAGAGCAGACGAAAGUCGAGAUCUGGAAGUACAUGCGUCAAGGUCAGGGCAAAACCCAAGUGUUGCUUGGUGAUCUGAACUCAGAGCCGCAGUCGUUAGGAAUCCGUUUCCUCAGUGGUAUCAGUGAGCUGCUUGGCGAAACGACGGACAUGAAGGACGCGUGGCUGGAGGUGCAUGAAGAAGCCGAGCCUCGGUCGACGGACGUGGGCGACCGCCAGCACAAGUUCACUUUCCCCAGUGACAACCCGUCCAAGCGGAUUGACUUUGUUUUGUAUCGAGGUGACGGUCAGGUAAAAGAGUGCGAGAUCGUCGGUCAGGCACCUACUGAAGACACCAAGGACUUUCCACAAGAUGUCGGGAUGUUGCACGCAGCCAGUCCAGUGUAUGCAUCUGAUCACCGCGGCGUCGUUGUUGAGUUCAGCUGA